GGCCAGGGCUGAGCUGCAGGCAGAGCUGGCGCCCGGGCGCGAAGAACUCUGGCGGAUGGGACCGCGGCACUUCCCACGUAGCGGCCAAGCGGCGCAACAGCAGCCACCAGCCGCAGAGCUUCCGGGGCCGGAAGGCCGCGGGGGCUGAUGGGGCCUUGACCUUUGCCCUCUGACGCCGGCGUUUGACGCCUACGCUGCCUCGUGAGGAACCUCGUGGAGGCGCCGCAGGCCCCAGGCCCGUCAGACUUUGCUCGGUCGCCAGAGGAGGCGGUGGCUGAGGAGAGCUGCGUCCGCUGCCGACCCUGUCGUACGGUAGGAGCCAGAGCUACCUCGAAAUGGGCAGUUUACUGAGCAAAUUUAGACCCAGGUGCCGUCGUCGGCCCCUGCCGGGGCCAGGGCGUGAAGCGCCCGCUCCCCUGGCCCGGGACGCCUGCCCGCCCGGCCGGGCUCACUCUGCGCCCACCCCGCGCCCUUUCCGCGCCCUGUUCCGCCGGAAUGGCCGUCGGAGGCCUUCACCAGCCAGCGUCUUCGUCGCCCCUGAGCGGCUGUGUCCCCUCCCGAGGGCUGCGGCGACGCCGGUGGGCGUCCUGCCGGCCGCGGGCUGGGGGCCGGCCCCGAGGAAGACCCUCGUGCUGCCUGCUCGGAACCCCCCGAGGUUCAGACACCCCAGCUCCGUGAGGAUCCCCGCUCCCAGCCGCGCGUUCGCCCUGCGGCUGCCGUCACCCCCUGAGCGUGCGGUCGGGGCCCGGCAGCCCGUCCCGGCCACUGUCCCGGAGGAGACGGCGGUGCGGGCCCGACGAGGGCCCAGAGGAGUGAGGAAGGAUGAGGCUGCGGCGCAGACGGAAGCGCCGCGUGACGAGAGGAGGGCCGCCGUUCGCAGCCAUGACGCGGCCCAGGGCAGCCCGCGGGACCUUUCCCCCUGCAGAUGCAGCGCGGAGCCUCCGGGGGGGAGCGUGCGCCACGAGUGCCCGGAAAACGACUUGCCUGACACGGCCCAGGCGUCCCCAGCGAGCUCCUGCCCGGAGGGUCUUCCCGAGCCCAGAGCACGCAGCCAGGCCAGACGCGCGCUGCAUCCUGGGAAGCCCGGUCCCGACCCAGCCCGGGGCCGCUCCCUGCUGCCGCGGAAGUCGCCGGCAGAACUGCCCAGCUCUCCAGGCGUGCCCAGGCCGCCGAUGUCCGCAGACCGGGUGCCCGACGGGAAGCCUUCAGGUGUUCCCCCAAGGAGCGCUGCCCACAACAGGCCCUGCAAAAGGAAAAUGUCGAUUCCACUGCUGCUGCCGCUGCCCCCGUCACUGCCCUUGCUGUGGGAUCGAGGGGAGCUUCCCCCACCUGCCAAGCUCCCCUGCCUGUCUGUUGAGGGAGACCUGGGCACCUUGGAGAAGAGCCCCGGGUAUAAAAGGAAUCGCAGAAUCUUGGAGGAUGAAACGGAGGCCAUGACAGACAGCAGCGUCACCCAGCCUGCCCCUUCUUUCUCCCCACCAGUGGAGACGACAGACUCCCUGCCCCUGGCCACUGCCACUUCCAUGUCGCAGGUCCCAGCUCCUCCACCCAUCCCUGACUUGGCUGACCUGGCUACCAGACCCCCCAUCCUUCCUGUCCCUCCGCUUUCCACCACACCAAAGAUGGAUCAGAAAAUAACACUCACAAUCCCUAACUCUCCUCUGGCUCUUUCUGCUGACCUUGUUCCCGUUUUGGGGUGUCAGUCUAAUGAGAAAGGAGGCUCUUGUCAUUCGGUUGUAGGUGCAGCACCUCCUGCUUCUAACCCCCCAACACCUCCUAGCCCCACACCCUUCUCCCUAAUACCUACCGCUGUAGAUUCCCCUCCUCCUCUUUCCUUCCCAGCUCCUCUUCCAGUCCCUUCUACCGUGACCUCAGUUAUCACCAGCAAGCCUGUGAAUUCCACAUCAGUCAUUUCCACUAUCACAGCAAACACAUCUGCCCACUUAACCUCACAGACUGCAGUAGACCACGAAGCAGUUAACAUGAAUACUAUCACCCCUUCUCAGGCUGUUGUUUUCACAUCUUCUCCAAGCUCUAGGGUGAGCUCUCUCCCAGUUUCCCAAAUACAUUGCAGUACAGAGCAGAGGCACCCAGGAAAGACAUCAGUCUACAUACAUCCCCUUACAUUUAUAUUCCACAACACCACCCCAAGUUUUAACCAACUCUUUAGCAAAGAAGCCAUCUCUCAAUCCAACUCUGGGGCUCUUGAUGGUCAGCAGCAGAAAGCUUCUCUCCCCAGUGCCUGUGUUUUUCCAAGCCUUCCCAUCAUUGCUCCACCAGACACCUCCGCUUUAGUGAACAGUGCCUCUGCACCAUCAUUAUCCAGGCCUGCCAUUGACACCAAUGCUGUGAAUACCACUCCUCCUUCCAAGUCUGCCACCUUGCAGUCUGCCUCUGUCUCCAGGAAGAAGUGCCUCCCAUUUUACAUGGGGCUUCCUGGUUCUGAGAACAUACUGCCCCAUGGCAAUGUUGCCUCAGCUCAGGGCUCCACCAGCUUGCCUGCACAUGUAGACGGGAGACCAGCCACAACUUCCAACUAUCCUUUAAAUCCAGGAGCCACCGCUCAGCCCCAAUUUGGGGCCCCCGAGGGGCAGCAGCAGAAAGCCUCUUUCCCCAGUGCCCAUGAUUUUCCAAGCCUUCCCAUCAUGGUUCCUCCAGACACCUCCACGUUAGUGAGCAAUGCCUCUGCAGCAUCGUUAUCCAAGCCUGCCAUUGACACCAAUGCUGUGAAUACCACCCCUCCUUCCAAAACUGUCAUCUUGCAGUCUACUUUUGUCUCCAGGAAGGAGUACAUCCGAUUUUAUGUUGGGCCUUCUGGUUCUGAGAACACACUGCCCAGUGACAGCAGUGCCUCAGCCCAAGUCUCCACCAGUUUGCCUGCACAUGGAGACGGGAGACCAGCCACAACUUGCAGCCAUCCUUUAAAUACAGGAGCCAUCUCUCAUUCCACACUUGGGGCCACUGAUGAGCAGCAGAAAUCUGACAGUUCUUAUAUUCUGGGGAAUCCAGCAACCCCAGCACCAGUUACAGACUUGCCAUCUCCUUCAGCAGAGUCAACAUCACCAUAUUCUACAUUCGGCACACCUGUUAAUGGCCAGCCAGCCAAGGGUCACAACGCAAGUGCUUUCCCCAGUGGCAUUGCAAAGACUUCUGAAUUUAGAGUAGCCACUGGGAUGCCCGUCACUGGGGACAGUACCUCACUGGUUGGAAAUACUAUUCUAGGCCCACAGGUGAUUAUGGGACCAGGAACCCCUAUGGAUGGUGGGAGCAUUGGGUUCAGCAUGUCUCUCCCGGGCCCCAGUUCCACAUCAGAAGAACUCAACACUGGACAACAACAAAAUGGGAUACCCAGCACCACUUCUGUUCCCCCAUUUGGUCAGGGAACCUGGGACUCAGCUGGCCACAGCAUGGCUGCUGCACCACAAGGCACUAGCAACAUUCCUGUAUAUCCUUCUGCUGCCACCUACGUUCCUGGCUUCGAGCCACCUACUCAGCAUUCAGGCAGUGGUAUGGAAGGCGAUGGCACCAAACCCAUAGUUGGAGGACCUUGUGUUCCUGCUUUUCAACAGUGCAUCCUGCAGCAUACAUGGACAGAGAAAAAGUUCUACACUUCCGGCACCUACCACUAUGGACAAGAAACAUAUGUUAAGAGACAUAUCUGUUACCAAUUUCCAUAAGAGCACCUGUGGUUCACGUGACCACACCACAUCUGUUGUGGUUGUAAACACCAGCAUUAUCCCUGUGAAUGGUUCUUGUUUCACCUUCAUGCCAAGUGCCUGCCAUGUACCUCUCCAGAACUCAGGUCAUGCACCAGGAGAGGACAACAACAUCCCUGUGGUUCAAGGCCCUUAUGCUCCCUUUCUCCAUCAGUACACAUGGGACCCACCUGGAAAAAACACACGUGGUUCAUCUGCAGUGAAUGCCAACAUACCUUUAAUGGGAGGCCCUUGUAUAUCCACCUACCAACGAAGUACCUAAGGCCCACCUGGACAAAACACAGAUGGUACAUCUUCCAGGAGUGUCAGUAUUCACUUGAUGGGAGGCCCUCAUGUGCCCAUGUAUCAGCAAAGCACCUGGGGCUCACCUGGACAAAGCACAAACCAUGCAAUGGGGGUCAGCAACAUAACGGUUGUGACUGGUUAUCCUUAUGGUCUCCCAUUCACACAAAGCACCUGAGGACCACCUGGCUAAACACAGGGGGCAAUAGGGGAUAGCCCCAGACAUUUGUAGGGAGAAACCUCUAGUUUCCCUUUCAGUAAAAAUACUAUGGACCUGCCCAACCAAGGUGCUCCUUUUGACUUUAGAGGAACCACAUUGUUUUCUUUUGUUCUUGUUUUUGAGGUGGAGUCUUGCUCCGUAGCUCUUGCUGGAGUGCAGUGGCACAAUCUCUGCUCGCUGCACCUCCAUCUCCCUGGUUCAAGCAGUUCCCUGUCUUCCCCUCCUGAGUAUCUGGGACUGCAGGCACAUGGCACCACACCCAGUGAAUUUUUGUAUUUUUAGUAGAGAGGAGUUUCAUCUUAUUGGUCAGGCUGGUCUCAAACUCCUGACCUCAAGUUAUCCACCCGGCUUGGCCUCCCAAAGUGCUGGGAUUACAGCUGUGAGCCACUGUGCCUGGCCUAGAGGAUCCAGCAUUGUUAAUUAAAUACUUGUGAUUGGAUGUCCUGGUCAGAGCAACUUUGCCUGUGAUGGAAAGCAGCCACUAGUGACACUUGUACCUGCCAAGGCCUUCAUAGGAGCCACCAGACCAUUUCUUACUCCUGUAAAGGAUCUCAAGAAAUAAGAACCAAUCUCCUUUCACAUACAGUUCUCAUAAAUGGAUGUUGUUCCAGGAAGAAUGGGCUCAGUUCCCUCAAGUUAAAUUUAACCUUUUCUCUCCCUACAGAAGCUGGAGGCCCAAAACCGCAAAGAGAGAGAGAGUGUGUGUAUGUGUGUGUUGUGUGUGUGUGUGUAUUGGUGACUGGGGAGCAGAUGAGCCCAGUCGUAACUGCACUGUAUUUGAGUGGUCUUCUACACUGUGGAGGGUAGAGGAAACCUGUAUGCAUCAUCAGCUGCGCCCUCUCUGACUUGACUGUUAACUUGGCUGACCUUACCUCUGGCCCAGUUCUCUCUAGUCUUGGACAGAAAGGCAAAAUUUCUGACUUUUUUGGACCCUACAUUCUACUUGGAGGGGAGAAAAGAAGGAACAAACAUGUAAAUCAUCUGAUAAAUAAGCCAGUAACAAAUGUGCUAUGGAAAAUAAAGAAGUACAUGGAGGAUUGAGAUUGUAGAUAGAAGCAGGAGUUUUUCAGACAUGCCUCACUGGAAAGGUAAAUUUAAACAAAGUCUAGAGAGAAGCAGUUGAGCCAGAUAUGUGAGCAAAGAUCAUUCCAGAUAAUUGCAAAGGCUGAGAGGAAGAAUGCCUGGUGUCCUCAGGAGCAGUUAGUAAGGAAAUGUGGGCCGGUCGCGGUGGCUCAAGCCUGUAAUCCCAGCACUUUGGGAGGCCGAGGCGGGUGGAUCACGAGGUCAAGAGAUCAAGACCAUCCUGGUCAACAAGGUGAAACCCCGUCUCUACUAAAAAUAUAAAAAAAAUUAGCUGGGCAUGGUGGCGCAUGCCUGUAAUCCCAGCUAUUUGGGAGGCUGAGGUGGGUGGAUCACGAGGUCAAGAGACCGAGACCAUCCUGGUCAACAAGGUGAAACGCUGUCUCUACUAAAAAUAUUAAAAAAAUUAGCUGGGUAUGGUGGCAAGUGCCUGUAAUCCCAGCUAUUUGGGAGGCUGAGGUGGGUGGAUCACGAGGUCAAGAGAUCGAGACCAUCCUGGUCAACAAGGUGAAACCCUGUCUCUACUAAAAAUAUUUUAAAAAUUAGCUGGGCAUGGUGGCACGUGCCUGUACUCAGGAAGCUGAGGCAGGAGAAUUGCCUGAACCCAGGAGGCGGAGGUUGCAGUGAGCCGAGAUCGCGCCAUUGCACUUCAGACUGGGUAAUAAGAGCGAAACUCCAUCUCAAAAAAAGAAAAAAAGUAAGGAAAUGUGGCUGGAAUGGAGUCAGCACGUGGGAGGAAGGGAUAAAGAAAAGGAGGGCAGAGAAGAUGUAAGUGUACUUCCUUGCUCCACUCUUUACUAGUUGUAUAAUAACAAACAGUUGAUUCAACCUUCAGGAAUCUUAGUGAAAUCAGUACUUUUACUAUGGCCUGUGUAUCUCACAAGAUUUUUGAAAGGAUGAAAUGAAAUAUUAUAGGGAAAUGACUUAUAAACCAUUGUUGUAAUUUGUUCUAUAGAUAGAGAUGGAUAGACGGAUGGAUGGAUAGACUUGAUAGAUAGAUAGAGAGAGAGAGAUAAUGGACUAAAUGUUUGUGUUCCCAAAAAGUUCACAUUUUGAAGCCCUAACUCCUAAUGCGAUGGUAUUAGGAGGUGGGACUUUGGGGAGGUGAUUAGGUUUAGAUGAGAUCAUGAGGAUGAAACCCCCAUGAUGGGAUUUGUGCCUAUAAGAAGAAACACCAGUGCUUCCUGUAAUUGCCAUGUGAAGGUGUACCAAGGAUGUAGCUGCCUGUAAGCAAGGAAAAGAGGCCUCACAAGAAACAGAAUUUGCCUUUACCUUGGACUUCCCAACCUUUAGAAUUAUAGAAAAUAAAUGUAUGUUGUUGAAGCUAUUGGUCUAUGGCAUUUUUGUAGCAAUCAGAACUGACUAAUAAAGAUAGAUCGAUUGAUAGAUAUGGAAUAUACAUAUAUAUGUAUAGCUAACGAGUGAGUUCCUUGGGCAAUUGUGCCCUGAUUGCCUUUCCUAGACAAUUCAAAUAGAAGAACCCCUUUUUAGGAACAUACAAGUACUUCUUUUUAUGAAGCAAACACUGUAAAAAUAGGAUAACUGGGACUAAAACAUUUAUAAGAUUAGGCCUGAAAGAAAACCAUUGCAGAGAGACUACUGGAUUCUUCCUGGUAACCUGGGGCCUGAUUUAUUCACUCUAAGUGUUUAGUACAGUUCCAGAGGAUCAAAGCUCCUGCUUCCUGGCCAGAUAAUCACCUACCUUUUGUAAUCAGACCUGCCUUUCAGAAGCAGAGUGGAAAUUCAGUUUUCUUCUAAUAGUCCUACACCCUUGCAAUAUUACCAGGGACAU